AUGGCUCUUUUCACGUCUUCAUCGAAUGAAGCCACGGACGGCCAGAAGUCCGCAUUCUCUUGGAACAAAGACAAUCUUCCCAAGCAACAUUUCAUUAACAAUGAAUACGUGGAUUCGAAGAAUAGCAAGAAGCUUGAGCUUUUCAACCCAAAGGACGAGUCUCUCGUUGCCAACGACGUCGCUCUCGGUGGGCAAGAGGAUGUCGAUGCUGCAGUAGCAGCAGCAGAGGCUGCCUUUCCGAAGUGGAAGAAGACACCACCGAACGAACGCCGCGAUAUGCUGUUCAAACUCGCGGAAUUGCUUGAGAAGAACGGACCGGCUUUGGCAGAGAUGAAUAGGCUCACGCUCGGGGCACCCUUUGAGUCCUUCGGCACCUUUGAACUCCAACUGUCGGUAGAAUGCCUCAAGUACUUUGGCGGCUGGACCGAUAAGUUUGCCGGAGAGACAUAUCCGCAAGAAGACGGGUUCCUCAAGAUCGUGCGCAACGAACCACUUGGGGUAACUUGCGGCAUCAUUCCCUGGAACGGGCCCAUCGGAAACAUCGGUAUGAAGGCUGGUCCGGCACUCGCGACUGGCAACUGCUUCAUCCUGAAGCCAUCGGAAAAGACGCCUUUUGCGGCCCUGGCCCUCGGCAGUCUAAUAAAAGAGGCUGGCUUUCCACCUGGUGUGUUCCAGGUCGUUGCAGGAGACGGCAGUACCGGGGCUCUUCUCGCUAGCCACAUGAAAGUGCGCAAAGUCAGCUUCACAGGAUCGACGACGACGGGGCGCACGAUCAUGAAGUUGGCAGCCAGCAGCAAUUUGAAGCGCGUCACACUGGAGCUGGGCGGCAAGUCUCCGGCGGUGGUUUUCAAAGACUGCAACAUGGAGAAUGCCAUAACCUGGUGUGCGAACGCCAUUACCAUGAACACUGGGCAGGUAUGUUUUGCGGCCAGCCGUGUGUACGUCGAGUCAUCGAUAUACGAUGAGUUCUUGGCAGGCUACAAGAAGGCGAUGGAGGAGAAGAUCAAGGUUGUUGGUGACCCCGAGAAAGCGGAAACUGUGAUUGGGCCCCUCGUUGACAAAGCGCAAUUCGAGAGAGUGCGAGGCUUCAUCGAGAGAGGCCAACAGGGGCAGGGUACGCUGCUGGUUGGAGGGGGACGGGUCGGCGAGAAGGGGUACUUUGUGCAGCCGACCGUGUUUGAGGCCGGCAAAGAGGAUGCUGAGAUCAACAAGCAGGAAAUCUUUGGGCCGGUGGCUGUGAUCCACAAGUUUGAGACAGAAGAGGAAGUGCUCGCCAAAGCCAAUGACACGGAGUACGGGCUUAUGGCUGGCGUUUUCACGCAGGACAUCAACAAGGCGCUGAGAGUGGCGUCCGAGUUCGAGAGCGGCAUGGUCGGCAUCAAUUGUGUCAGCCUUUGCUUCUUGACGGCUCCUUUCGGCGGAAGCAAGCAGAGCGGUCAGGGUCGCGAGAACGCCAUCAACGCGUUGCGAGCCUUCACAGAGCCGAAGACGGUCAUGGUGAACUUGACGUACUGA